AUGGCGCCUUCGUUCUUGCUAUUCCUGUGUCCGCCACUGAUCCUAUUGCUUCUUGUUUUUAUCUCCCUUUUCCUACAUCGUCGCGCCUUUAUCAUCUCUCGCAAUGAUGAGAUUAAAAGAACCCCCAGGACCACAACUAUCGGUGUCUUUCAUCCUUAUGCCAACGGUGGCGGCGGUGGCGAGCGCGUGCUCUUCUGCGCACUAUUGGCGCUUAUACGAAAAUAUCAAAAGUUAAAUAUCAAUCUUCGCAUCCUGCUGUAUGCUGGUGACGAUGGUCUCUCGGCUGCAGAACUAGUAGCCAAGGCCGCUGAUGACUUUAAUUUACAAGAGCUUCGAUUGUUGAAUGUUGAACGACACGUAAAGCUCAUUUCAUUACCCAGUCGCGAGAUUCUCGAACCCAGUCGCUAUCCAAGUUUCACGUUACUGUGGCAGAGCUUAGCUCAUAUCCGUUUGGCAUUGGAAGCUGUACAGCAAAGUUCCAAGCAGGGACUGUACCCGCAGCUUUGGGUGGACACUACUGGCUGUCCGUUCUCUUACAUCGUGGCAAGUCUUCUGUAUGCUUGUACUGUCGUUGCAUAUGUUCACUAUCCAAUGAUAUCGACCGACAUGAUUUCUAAAGUGCAGCAGCGGGGCGCAGAUUAUAACAACGACGCAAAUAUUGCAUCAAGCUCGUCAAGAUCCUCAGCAAAGUACGUCUACUACAGUCUCUUUGCCAAAGUUUACAGCUUAGUCGGCAAAUAUUGCACAGAUGUGGUGAUGGUAAAUUCAACUUGGACAUACAACCACAUAAAGCAACUUUGGGGAAAAGCUCCGACGAUAGUAUACCCUCCUUGUGGAGCCAUGCAAGAAUAUGUCGAGUUUAGUUUGGAAAAUCGGGAACUUAUCGCUCUUUCGGUGUCUCAAUUUCGACCAGAAAAAAACCACCUUUUGCAGCUACAAUUAUUUCAAAAGUUAUUAAUGAAAUACGACACGCAAAUGAAAACGAGAUUCAGCAACUUUCGGCUUGUAUUAUUGGGAAGCUGUCGCAAUGCUGAAGAUAUAGCUCGUGUCGAGAAGCUAAAGAUGCAAGCAAAAGAGUUGGGAAUUGCAGACCGAGUGGAUUUCGUGGUAAAUGCAAGUUUUGCCGUGCUGAAACAAUUCCUCGCAAAGAGUUCGAUUGGCAUCCACACAAUGUUUAACGAGCACUUUGGAAUAAGCAUCGUUGAGAUGAUGGCUGCAGGCAUGCUUGUUGUUGCAAACAACUCUGGUGGUCCCAAGGCUGAUAUUGUGAGGCCUGAUACAGGAUUAUUGGCGCUGACGGCCGAUGAAUACGCAGCCAAGGUGCUUUCAUUGUUAGAAAAAUCUCCGUCGGAAUUAGUUGAGAUGCGAUCUGCUGCCCGCAGGUCUUCCCUACGUUUUUCAGAUAAUGCGUUUGGCGAGCAGUUUAUAGCAGCAGUUGGUGCUGUCAUUUGA